CGAUAGUAACUAAUAACAAACACAGAGACCAGACCAGACCAGCCAGAGCAACAAGUAGUUACAGCGUGGAGACUUCGCAUAAUUUGCAGGCAAUUCUCGCUGUUCCAAUUGCAGCCAUGGCAGCUAACUUCUGAGAGCACUUUCGAUGAGGAACCCUGUCCCGUUCAGGUAGCAAGCAAGCCAGCACAGAAAUAUUAACACGGCCUUUCCAUGCUCCCGAGUCCCUGAAAAGAGCAGUAAUUAAUUGGCUGAUUCUCGAGCUCUUCGUGCAUUCAAGAUUUCGUUGUGAUGGAGGUCAUCCUUGACCCCACGGCAUCGCCUUGGUUAUUUGGGCGCACAAUCAGCCCAGGGCGAAGAGGCUCCCCAGACGCUCGUUUCACACCGUACGGUGUAUGUGACUCUCCAGGCAUCCCUUACAGUGAAACGAGGAGAGAAUUAGAUGAUGAUCAAGUCCAACGCAGUCAGCAUUAUUACUAUGUAUGCACUUUCGGGGUUGUCGGGACCCGGGGCCAAGAAUCUGGAUACGAGCUAGGUUCGCGCUACCCCGUGCUUAGACUGCCAAAAUUAUAUCAAAGUCCUGUCACUCCCUCUCGCGAAUCAAAAAUGUUCUCCGCUGGGUCAGAGGCAACCCCGGGCUGAUGUUUGCUUGUUCGGCUUCCAAACAAGCUAUCCUGCCGCCGAGAUGGACAACAACACCACCCAAGCCGAAGCUGAGAAGCAGCAGUCCGAACCGGAACAGAAGCCUCCAUUCAAGAAUUUCUGGAGAAUAUUAGGCCAUGGAACCCUCCUCGACAAGAUUUUAAUGGGAAUUGCUACACUGUGUGCCGCUGGAGCAGGAACGGCGUUACCUUUGAUGAACAUCGUAUUCGGCAAUGUUGUUAGUAAUUUCAAUCGAUAUUUCAUCCCUGGUUCAGGGGUCUCCAAAGAGGAGUUUCUUAGCAGCGCGAAUGAGAGUGUGUUGUAUAUUGUAUACCUCUUUAUCGGCAAGUUUCUGCUCGGCUAUAUUUCAAUGUUUUGUCUACGAAUGACGGGAAUCAGAAUCUCUGCCCGCCUUCGUCUAUCGUAUCUCCAAGCUCUCUUCAACCAACCCAUUAGCGUUUUUGAUACUCUCCCUCCUGGAAGACCAACAAACACAAUCACUACCUCUUCAAAUACGAUACAAGCAGGUAUCUCGGAUAAAUUGGCGAUACUUGUUCAAUCAUUGGCCCUGGUCAUAGGUGCUUACUCAGUCGCGUUCCGUUACUCCUGGUCCUUGACAUUGGUUGCAAGCGCCUCUAUUUUAUUUAUAUCAAUAGUAUAUGGCGCCCUUAUUCCGAUAUAUAUCAAACUGCAAAAAAAAGUUGAGCAAGCAGACGAAAAAGCCUCGUCGAUUGCAGGAGAAGCUCUUGGAUCUAUUCGUACCAUUGUCUCUUGUUGUGCAGAAGGCCGGCUUGCGGCUCGUUAUGGAGAAUGGGUUGCGGAAUCACGAAAACGAGGAAUGCGGCUGGCGCCUCAGAUCGGCGCGCAGCUCGCUCCGUCAAAUUUCGCUAUGUACUCCAGCUUCGCGUUGACGUUCUGGUUCGGCGUCAGGCAGUUUGCAUCGAAAAAUAUUCCUGAUGUUGGCCCAGUUAUUACUGUUAUUUUUUCGGUUCUAAUAGUGGUAUCAACUCUCUCUUUUGUUGCAACCCCUAUCAUCGCCGUAUCCAAGGCGGUGAGCGCAUCUACCUAUUUCUUCGAAAUGAUUGAUGCGCCAAAGCCUAAAACAUCGGGAUUGAAAGAUCAAGACGUCGCAACUACCGAUAUUCGCUUCGAGGACGUGAAUUUCUCCUAUCCAUCCCGCUCCAAUGUAAAGAUUAUCAACAACAUGACUCUUGAUAUUCCAGCUGGAAAAAUAACAGCCCUUGUUGGACCUUCUGGUUGCGGGAAAAGCACCAUUGUUGCACUGCUUGAGCGUUGGUACCAGAUCGAGACACAGUUCGAGGGCGACGCUACACCAAAAAGUCAUUCUCCACAAAGUGAGGAGGAUCCUCAAAAGGAAAAAGAGCAAGACACAGAAAUAACCCCAAAUAGUGGGUCGAUCAAAAUAGGGCCUCACGAUCUCUACGACCUGGAUCUUAAAUGGUGGAGAUCCCAAAUUGGAUUGGUUCAACAGGAACCGUUUACAUUUAACACAACCAUCUACCAAAAUGUUGCUUAUGGUCUAGUGGGAUCAAGGUGGGAAAAUGAAUCAGAAGAGGUGAAAAGAGAGCUUGUCAAGGAAGCAUGUCGGGAAGCUUUUGCUUCGGAGUACAUUGAAAAGCUGCCGCUGGGAUAUGAUACUAUGGUUGGAGAGAAUGGCUUGAAACUCAGCGGCGGGCAACGCCAGAGACUUGCAAUUGCUCGAAGUAUCAUUAAAAGGCCACCAAUUCUCAUCCUAGAUGAAGCCACAAGUUCGAUAGAUGUUCGGGGAGAACGCAUUGUUCAAGAAGCACUUGACCGUGUAUCCAAAAAUCGCACAACCAUAACCAUCGCCCAUCGGUUAUCUACGAUAAAAAAGGCGGAUAAGAUUAUCGUGCUGAAAGGAGGGGAAAGCAUUGAGCAGGGAACACAUGAGAAGCUGCUGGAAUUCAAAGGGUUAUACCACUCGUUGGUUGAAAAUCAACGCCUGGAAAUGGGAGACCACGAUACUGAUGUCCAAGGUGACGCCCAUCCAAAAAGCCAAGUAGAAGAUAUACAGACCCUCCUUCAAGAAGCGUCAAGAGUGGACACCGUUGGUGAGCCGGACCAAGAACCUGAGCCGACAUAUAAAGCGAGAUCCUUGUUCAAUUCAGUCGGGCUGUUCCUUUGGGAGCAGAGAAAGCUCUGGUAUCUGGAUGUAGCCAUCGUCAUUGGCGCUGCUGGCUGUGGAUCCGCCUUCGCCAUCCAAAGCUACAUCUUUGCACAACUCACGGCCGUGUUUCAGCUUUCUGGCGAUGAGCUAAUUAACCGGAGCGAAUUCUGGUCCCUAAUGUUCUUCAUACUUGCCCUUUGCGUUGGACUUUUUUACUUCAUUCUGGGCUUCGCGUCAACUAGCCUGUCUGCGUAUAUUUGCGGCACAUACCGACAAGAAUACUUUGAAAACAUCAUCACGAAGCCGAUCCAUUUUUUCGACGAAGAAGGAAAUUCGACCGGCUCUUUAGCAGCCCGAGUUUCCACCGAUCCGACACAGCUCCAAGAACUUGUUGGCCAUCAGAUGGCUUUCCCGCUGAUUUCCGUAUUCAACAUUAUGGGCUGCAUAUCUGUAGCUUUUUUCUUCGGCUGGAAAUUAACUUUAGUCGCGAUAUUUUCUGCGUUCCCACUCAUUAUUAUAGCGAUGUUUAUUCGGGUCAGAUACGAGGUACAAUUCGAGAAAAUGAAUGCAGCUGUAUUCGAGAGCAGCUCGCAGUUUGCGUCAGAAGCCAUUUCAGCAUUUCGCACAGUCACCUCUCUCACCCUCGAGGAUACUAUUACCACCCGUUACUCCAAUCUUUUACAAGACCAUGUAACGAAGGCUUUCAAAAAGGCAAGAUUUGCAACGCUGAUCUUCGCGGCCGCGGAUAGCAUAGAACUUCCAUGCAUGGCAUUAUGCUUCUGGUAUGGAGCGCAGCUAUUGAGUACUUACGAAUACGACGUUCUUCGCUUCAUGGUUAUUUAUAUCGCCGUGGUCAUGGGAGGCCAAGCGGCGGGACAAUUUGGGAGCGUAACGCCAAAUAUCGCACAAGCCACUGGAGCUGCCAAUCGGAUAUUAAGCGUCAGGCCCUCCCAAGGUAACAAUGAUGGUGAAAAGAAGACUGUUGGGCGCUUUGAGGGGGGCGCUCAAAUCGAUUUCAAGUCUAUCAAUUUCAAGUAUCCGACGAGGGAUAUUACUGUGUUCAAGAACCUCAGUUUCACAAUCGAGAAGGGCCAAUUUGCCGCCUUGGUUGGGCCAUCCGGAUGCGGCAAGUCGACCGUUAUCGGAUUGCUUGAGAAGUUUUACGAAUACCAAAGUGGUACCAUCACAAUCGACGGGCACGACCUCCACACCCUUGAUGUGUCCUCCUAUCGACAGUCUGUUUCGUUGGUAUCCCAAGAGCCAGCGUUAUACCAAGGAUCCAUCAAGGACAACGUUUUGCUAGGCGUUGAUCCCACCCAAUUCACCGACGAAGAUGUCCAAAAAGCAUGUAAAGAUGCGAACAUUCAUGACUUCAUCAUUUCACUUCCAGACGGCUACAACACCGACGUCGGCCUCCGCGGUUUAGCAAUGAGCGGCGGCCAGAAGCAGCGCAUAUGUAUCGCACGAGCUCUCAUCCGCAACCCCAGCAUCCUGCUACUAGACGAAGCGACCUCCAGCCUCGACUCGGAGUCAGAAAAGCAUGUACAAGAAGCCAUUGAACGGACUGCUAAGGGGAGGACGGUGGUUGUUGUCGCGCAUCGAUUAGCUACGGUCCAAAACGCCGAUGUCAUUUUCGUCUUUGGCGAGGGUGGCAUCUUGGAAGUCGGGACCCAUGCCAAUUUGCUGAAACAGAGAGGUACUUAUUAUCAAAUGUGCGAAUCCCAAGCGCUCGAUAGGUAAAAAAGUUGCCUCUAGCUGGAGCAAACACGGAUCCUUUCGCGAUGGAAGUUUUACCUUCGUAUUCAUGACUGUAAAAUUUUGGAUACCCCCUUGACAAAAAUAUUUAAUCACUCCUCUCAUCUUUGCUACAUCGCCUUAUAUCUGGGUGGCUGACUCGCGUCACCUCCUAUUUCUUUUCUCUUCUUUUCUAUAUUAUUUCUAGCAUUAUAUUUAAUUCUAGUAGAGUAGAAUCUUAUAAAUUUCAAUAUCUAAUACUAAUAUAAUAUCUAUCCUGUCAUCAAAGGAAUUUUUCA